AUGUCGACCUAAAAAUCAUAAAUCUAAGUGGAAUAAAAAUUACCAGAAAAUAUUGCCAAAAGAUAAUCAAGAGACUCUAAAUUGAAAGCUCUUAUUUACAAACGAAGAGUUGAUAGACUAGCUGCCAAUAAGUAAGCAAGAGCAUUAUGGGAGAAAAAUGCUUAAGCCUACGAAGCAGAAUAUAAGGCAACAGAUAAAAGUUUAGUCGAUAAUAUACGCAAGGCUAAGGCUGACGGUGGUUUCUAUGUACCAGCCGAAGCCAAGUUGAUGCUUGUCAUUCGAAUCAGAGGUAUCAACACCUUAAACCCAUAAGUCAGAUAGACUCUUAGACUUCUUAAAUUGAGAUAACUUCAUAAUGCUGCUUUUAUCAGGAUCAACAAAGCCACCAUUGAAAUGAUUAGAAAGGUUGAACCAUACAUUACUUAUGGUUACCCAUCAAGAACUUUAAUAAAGAACCUCAUUUACAAGAGAGGAUAUGCUAAAAUCAAUGGAUAAAGAAUUCCUUUGACUUCAAACAACAUAAUUGAAGAACAAUUAGGAAAAUCUGGAAUUCACAGUGUAGAGGAUCUCAUUCAUGAAAUCACAACAGUUGGACCGCACUUCAAAGAAGCCAACAGAUUGUUAUGGGCUUUCAAAUUAAGAGGACCAAGAGGAGGAUUUAUAGCUAAAAGAAGAUCAUUUAUUAACUAAGGUGAUUGGGGAAAUAGAGAAGAUCUCAUAAAUGAUUUGGCCAAGAGAAUGAUCUGA